AUGUUUAAUCUUUUACCACAACAAAAAUAUAACAAAUUUCAAUUAUUAAUUAAUCAGAUAAAUCACUUUCACAAGAUCAUUAGUGUUUAUUCUGACCAUGAUUUAAAAUUGCAGACUCAAAAAAUGCAAAAAUUGCUAAUGCAAGGUUUCACUUUAGAUGAAAUUUUACCUGAAGCUUUUGGAACAGCUAAAGAAGCUAUAAAACGAGCUCUAGGAAUAGAAUUAUUUAAUGUUCAAAUUUUAGGAGGUAUUGUUUUACAUAAAGGUAAAAUUGCUGAAAUGAAGACAGGUGAAGGGAAGACAUUAGUUGCUAUUCUUCCAUCAUAUUUAAAUACUUUAAAUGGCAAAGGUGUUAGUAUAAUAACAGUAAAUGACUAUUUGGCCAAAAGAGAUGCUGAAUUAGUACGUAAAGUUUUCCAAUAUAUUAAUAUUGAUGUUGGCCUAAUACAACAGUCAAUGAAUAUAGAAGAAAGAAAAAUGCAAUACCGCUGUAAUAUUACAUAUAUUACUAAUAAUGAAUUAGGUUUUGAUUAUUUAAGGGAUAAUAUGGCAAUUAAUCAAUCGGAUCUUGUUCAAAAAGAAUUUCAUUUUGCUAUUGUUGAUGAAGUUGACUCUAUUUUAAUAGAUGAAGCGAGAACACCACUAAUUAUCUCAGGACCUUCUGAAGAAAAAACAAAUAAAUACUAUAUUAGUCAGGAAAUAGUAACAAAAAUAACAAAAAAUAUACACUAUGAUGUUGACGAAAAAACAAGAAAUGUAAUUUUAACUGAAGAUGGUAUUAAAGUCUGUGAACAACUACUAAAGACUAGAAAUUUGUACGAUAUUAAUAACCCAUGGAUUCAAUAUAUUUUAAGCGCACUAAAAGCUAAGGAAUUAUUCUAUAAAAAUAUACAUUAUAUAAUAAAAAAUGAAGAGAUCGUUAUAGUUGAUGAAUUUACAGGCAGAAUCAUGGAAGGACGCAGAUGGAGUGAUGGCUUACACCAAGCAAUUGAAGCUAAAGAAAAUAAAAAAAUUCAACCUGAAAAUUUAACUUUAGCAUCUAUUACUUACCAAAACUUAUUUUUACUGUAUAAAAAAUUAUCUGGAAUGACCGGAACAGCAAAAACUGAAGAAACUGAACUUGAUAGAAUAUAUCAAUUAGAAGUUGAAGAAAUACCUACUAAUAAAAUAUGUCUCAGACAAGAUUUUCCUGACUUUGUUUAUAAAAAUGAAUACAGUAAAUGGAAAGCAAUUGCUAAUGAAUGCCUUGAUAUGUAUAAGAUAGGAAGACCUGUUUUAAUUGGAACAACAAAUGUAGAAAAAUCAGAAUUUUUAGCUGGAAUUCUUAAUGAAUUAAAGAUACCAUUUAAUUUACUAAAUGCAAAACCAGAGAACAUUGCUAGAGAAGCAGAGAUUAUAACACAAGCAGGUAGAAAAGGAACUAUUACAAUUUCUACAAAUAUGGCUGGAAGAGGAACCGAUAUAAUUCUUGGAGGUAAUCCUCAUGCUAUGACGAAAAUAAUUAUAAUUAAUUACAUGAAAAAGGUAUUAAAAAUAUCAUCGCUAUUAUGCAGCAACUCUGCAUCUACAAAUAAAAAGAUAAACUUAUUGUUACAAGAACUUAAUUAUAAAUUUAUUAAAACAAUUACAAGUUUAGAAACUAUUGAACAAUAUAUUGAAGAUGAGAUCAAUUCAAUUAAUUUAAAGAAUAAUGAUAUGUAUACGAAUAUUCAAAAAGUUUACUUACAAAUUUUACAUGAAUAUAAACAUAUAUGCUCAAAAGAAAAAACAGAGAUUUUGAAACUAGGUGGUUUACACGUUAUUGGUACAGAAAGACAUGAAUCAAGACGAAUAGAUUAUCAAUUAAAAGGACGUGCAGGAAGACAAGGUGAUCCAGGAUCUUCACGCUUUUUUCUUAGUUUAGAAGAUAAUUUAUUAAGAAUUUUUGGUGGAGAUAAAAUAUCUAAAUUAAUGAAAGUUUUAAGUAUAGAUAAUGAUACACCUAUUGAGUCCACUAUUCUAACAAAAAGUUUAGAUUCAGCACAAAAAAAAAUUGAAUCAUAUUUUUAUGAUAUUAGAAAACAACUGUUUGAGUACGAUGAAGUUAUCAACAAUCAAAGACAAGCGAUCUAUUCAGAGCGUAAACGUAUAUUACAAUCUAAUUUUACAAGGGAUUGUAUUAUCGAAUACGGAGAAAGUACAAUUGAUGAAAUAUUGACAACAUAUAAUCAACAAGCAAAUUAUAAAAAAGCCAUUAUAUCUAAAAUUACCCACUUAUUAAAUCUAGCAGAAAAUAUAGAAAUAGAUACAAUAAUCAAUAAAUAUAAUAAGGAACAAAUAGCAUGCUUUUUAUAUGAACAGUUAAGAAUUACUUAUGAUCUACGAGAAAGUUACUUAGAACAAUUAAGACCUGGCCUUAUGAGACAAUUAGAGAAAUACUAUUUACUGCAGCAAAUAGAUAAAGCAUGGCAAAAACAUUUAGAGAAAAUGACUCUUUUAAAAGAAUCAAUUGGCUGGAGAAGUUAUGGUCAACAAGAUCCAUUGGUUGAAUAUAAGAACGAAGGUUUUCAAUUAUUUAUUACGAUGGUAACUUAUAUUAGACAAACAGUUGUUUAUUUAACUAUGCGUUCAAGGCUAAUUAUAAAUACAGUAAACCAAGACAGAUAA